GGGCCCGUUUGGGUCAGUCCACCGACCCCGUCAAGGGCAGUCUGGAAAUCUCAUCCCCUCCGUCGCCAGAAACCUGGACGGUGGCGACGGGAAGACGGCCCUGCCGCGGCUGCCAUUGUUGUCUCUGGCAGGAGAGGAGGAUAAGAGAGAAAGGAAGAGGAAGACGGCGACGAGGAAAGGAGGUAAUAAAAGGGUUGGAGCUAAAGAAGCAAGAAUGGCGGUAAAUGCUUCUCUUUAACGCGGGGAGGAAGAAAACAAGGAAAUUUUGGAUAUAAAAUAAAAGAAACGCUCCUAUCUUUAGCAGCAGGCGCACAAGCACGCGGCAUGCUUCUCUGAGAGGAAAAGGAGGAGAAGCGGGAAGAAGGAGAGCCCUAAGUCGACCCACCUACAGAGAAUGGCCACUGCCGAGGAGCAGGUGGCCUUAUUCGGGAGAACCUUGAAGGAAGGGGAGAGACUGCUAGCUCCUACCAUGAGACCGGACGGCACUCUCAGGAAACCCAUCAGGAUCAGGGCCGGUUAUGUUCCUCAGGACGAAGUCGCCAUCUAUCAAUCCAAGGGUGCCUUGUUGAGAAAGUCGAUGCCGGAGGUGCCGCCGGGCUACGAUCCAGAGCUGGAUGCGAAGCCGAAGACAAAAUCGGCAAAGAGGAAUGAGAGGAAGAAGGAGAAAAAGCAUCAACAGGCUGCCCUUGCAUCAUCAUCUGCUGACAAAGAACAUGUUGUGGAGAGAAGGGAAGCUGGAGAGAGGUCUUUAGUGGAGGAUGUUUACCAGCCACAGGAUGUAGAUGCAUUAACCAACCAAGUAGAUAAAAUUUCCCUUUCCAGUAAAGCAGUACCUAAUGCAUCACCACAUAAAAUGGAGAAUACAAAUUCCAGGGAAUCAGGUCCAGAUCUUGAGAAAAGAAUCCGGGCACUGAAGAAAAAGAUUCGGUUGACAGAGGCAUUGAAGAAAGCUGCCAGUGAGAAAGAUGAUUUGAAGCCAGAGCAACUAGAGAAACUCUCUAAAUUGGACAGCUGGUACAAAGAGCUAGCGGAGAUGGAGUACAAAAAUAGUCCGUCUGCCUGACCAGAUCUGAGUUCUUUAUUUGCUGCAUUUUCUUGACGUCAAUGCUCAGUCUGGUGAAGCACUCUAGCAUAUGGCCUGCAAGGUGCUAAUUUUGUCGAUGCUUCUGAAACAGUGAGCCACAAACCGCCUACUGGUGGUGGAGUCUAGUUUCCGUUUUCACAGUUAAUUUGGGUGUAUCAGUUCGGGCCUUCACCUGGUUAUCAUCAGAUAUGAGCCUCAUUGUGGGCAGUCUCUGUGAUGCAACGUAGUUGUGCAUUGUGAAACUUGAUAUGUACUUUGCUCUCACUGUGGAUGUUCAAUGAAGAUUCAGAACCAUUUUUUUU